AUGGCACCGACGGAGCACGGUGAGUGUUUCGUCCUUGAUGAUGGUGGUGAGGUCGACCUCGACCUUGGCAACUACGAACGAUAUCUAAACAUUACUCUGACGCACAAUAACAAUAUUACCACCGGCAAAAUUUAUCAGCAUGUGAUAAAUAAGGAACGCAAAGGUGACUACCUAGGUCGAACAGUUCAGAUUGUGCCUCACUUGACCAAUGCGAUACAAGACUGGAUCGAGAAUGUUGCAAAGGUGCCUGUGGAUGACACAGGCGAAGAGCCCGAUGCUUGCAUAAUCGAGCUAGGUGGCACGGUAGGUGACAUUGAAAGCGCUCCUUUCGUUGAAGCAAUGCGACAAUUACGAAGAAGAGCCGGACGGGAUAAUUUCCUACAAAUACAUGUGUCGCUGGUACCUGUUAUAAGUGGUGAGCAGAAGACAAAGCCAACGCAGCAAGCUAUCAGAGAUGUCAGAGCUGCUGGUUUGGCUCCUGACUUGAUUGCUUGCAGAUGCAGCGAACCAUUACAGGAAUCUACCAUCAACAAAGUGGCAAUGUUUUGCCAGGUUGAAUCAGAGCAGGUAGUGGCAGUGCAUGAUGUCCAUUCGACCUACCAUGUACCUUUGCUACUCGAGAAGCAAGGGUUUGUCAAACAACUUUCUAGCUUGUUUCGUUUACAAGAUUCACAAAUACCCCAGUCUCUGGUAGACAAGGGUCAGAAGAUAUGGAGCUCGUGGAAAACGCUAACCACUUCUCAAGAACGAUAUCUAGAGACAGACAAAGUCUCCAUCGCUCUGGUGGGAAAGUACACGAACUUGCAUGACAGCUACUUGUCUGUUAUCAAAUCUUUGGAACACAGUGCAAUGGCAAUCCACCGGAAACUCGAUUUGAGAUGGAUAGACGCUUCAGAGCUCGAGCAAGCAACGCUUGAUGCGCAUCCAGAAAAUUACCACAAGGCAUGGCAUCAGCUAUGCACUGCUGACGGUGUCCUGGUCCCUGGUGGCUUUGGUACCAGAGGCACAGAAGGUAUGAUCAAGGCUGCCCAGUGGGCUCGAACUAAGCCAAAGCCCUACCUCGGUAUAUGUUUAGGCAUGCAGAUUGCUGUUAUCGAGUACGCAAGGAGUAAAUUAGGGCUCAAGGAUGCGACUUCCGAGGAGUUUGAUACUCAGUCCGACAAUAAGCUCGUCAUUUUCAUGCCUGAAAUCGACACGAAGACCAUGGGUGGAAACAUGCGACUAGGAUUACGGCCAACAUUGUUUCAGGACGGUUCAGAAUGGUCGAAGUUACGGAAAAUGUAUGGUGGCGCUCCAGUGAUCAACGAACGACAUCGACACAGGUAUGAGGUGAAUCCUGCUUACAUUGACAAGCUCAGCGCAGCAGGCCUGAAUUUUAUUGGCAAGGAUGACAAGGCAGAGCGAAUGGAAGUUGUGGAACUGAAAGAUCAUCCUUACUUUGUGGGUGUGCAGUUCCACCCCGAAUAUCUGAGUCGCGUGCUGAGACCCAGUCCACCAUAUCUGGGCUUCAUGGCUGCUAGUGCAGGCAUGCUUGAUGCUGUAACCUCGAGAAGACCAUCGAUCAGCUCGGUGAUUGUUAAUGGCGAGGGACAUGACAUCAAUGGCGGCCAUUCGAAUGGAGUGAUGAUGUGA